AUGGCGUUGGAGGCUGAUGCAAUGGAGGAGAAGGAGCGCGCCGGGUGGAUUCAGCGCUCACAAAUGCGCAAAGAAAAAAGAGAACGCAGCGAAGAAAGAGUGAAAGCGAAGAUCGCCGAGGUUAGAUCUAUAAAAGCUGAGAACUCAAUCGAUUUGAAAAAAUUACAAUAUGAACGCGGCAAGUUCCUCGCUGAGAAAAGGGUCCGUGCGGAAGUUGAAAAGUUCAGAGUGGACGUCCAUGCAAAAAAAGAGACCGAGAUUAAACGGUUUUUCACACAGUACACGAUACGUCUGCGAAAACGGUUAUUGCCUAUAGCAUGCCGGUUCAGUCUUGAUAAGGGCGCAAUGCUACAUCGGUAUAUGGCCUUGGCCACCUGUCUGGCUAGUUCGAGAGCGCUCGAUGUCUCACAUUUUCAGUCAGCUGUGAGCUGCUUACAAGCUGCUGGAAUAUGGUGUCCACGCGUGCAAGCUUUAAUGGAGAUGGACUCAGCCGAGAGAGCGGAGCGAAGGCGCAGUUCACUGCAGAACCCGACAGCGGCGUCGGCCGCGAGAUCAGCUUCUGCAGCUUCUAUUUUCGAGGAGUACGCCAACAGAUCGCCCCGAGAGUCGGCGACUUCUAGCGGGGGAACGGUCGAAAAACAACAACAAGUGGUUUCGGGCGUGCGCGAUUUGCCACAGCAACCACAGCCUGUACAAGAACUACAGCAAAGGGAAUUGGUGAAAAAGACGGAGCGAAGCCGUCAAAGUGUGCUCGAGACGUUUUCCAACCCUCCAGCUCCUUACACGGUCCACGGCCAAGCGCAACCUAGGACCAGGAUGACCAUCGGAAUACCACUACCUUACAUGGGGACUCCAUCACCACCAGUAUGGCAACAGGCUCCAUUUGAUCCCUACAAGCCUUUUCCUACCGAGGGUUUCAACUUCCCUGUGAAGACGCUCCAGAGUGCGGGGCGCUGGUAG